AUGGGGGAAAGAGAAAGAGGAAAAUUCCCAAGUCAACCAGUGCCCAACCCAAAAGGGCAAUUUGUUAUUGGGAGUACAUCCAGUCCUUCUCAGGGGCAAGAGCAUGUGCAAUCAAUCACAACUUUGAGGUCAGGAAGGCGAGUGGACAAUCAAGUGGCCAUGCCUGAAGAAGUCACUGAGGCAGCAAAAGAGGAGGAAAACCAGGACAAGCUUGAUAAAGAUCUUGGACCAGACACUGUCUUUCCAAUUGCUAAGGAGAUUCCCCAAAAGUUUGUUCCCAAAGCUCCAUUUCCAGAAAGACUGGCGACUCCCAAGAAAGGCUCAAAGUUUGAUGACAUUUUGGAAGUAUUUAAACAUGUGCAGAUCAACAUUCCUUUCCUCGAUGCCAUUCAGCAAGUGCCUUUGUAUGCUAAAUUUCUGAAGGAUUUGGUAACCAUUAAGAGAAGGACAAAUAUUCCCAAGAAAGCCUUCCUAACUGAGCAGGUCAGUUCUAUUCUUCAGUGUAAGAUCCAUGUCAAGUUCAAAGACCCUGGCUGUCCUACAAUUGCAUGCAUGAUAGGUGAUAGCAAAGUUGAAAGAGCUCUGUUAGAUUUGGGGGCUAGUGUGAAUCUCUUGCCAUAUUCAGUUUAUGUCCAAUUGGGAUUGGGUGAGCUAAAACCCACUUUAGUGACACUUCAGCUGGCCGACAGAUCUGUGAAAGUUCCAAAGGGAAUCAUUGAAGAUGUUCUGAUCAAAGUUGAUAAGUUCUACUACCCUGUGGACUUCAUCGUUUUAGACACAGAACCGGUUAUGAAUGUGGAGAUUCAGAUUCCAGUAAUACUAGGGCGUCCCUUUUUAGCUACGACUAAUGCCCUAAUUAAUUGUAGGACUGGAGUCAUGAAGUUAUCUUUCGGGAACAUGAAAGUGGAGCUAAAUAUUUUUGAUAUCAGUAGGCAACCAUUUGACUAUGAAGGGGUCAGAAGUGCAUGCGUAAUAGAAGAGAUAGUGGAAGAGACUGUCAACGAGCCAAUUAUUGAAGACCAGUUGGGAAUGUGCCUUACUACAUUUGGAGGCGACAUGGACCUGGAAACAUUACUUGGGCAAGCUGACACCUUGUUGGACUCAACUCUUGAGACAGAAACUGACGUCGGGGAAACCACUGAGACAUCAUCCCCUGAUCCAUCUCCAUCAGCAGUUGAGCCUACCAAGCGGGACCUAAAGCCUCUGCCUGACACUCUGAAGUACAAAUAUCUUGACCCGUUUGAAUCUCUACCAGUAAUCAUAGCCGCUGACCUAAAUGAGACUCAAGAACAGAAAUUGCUAGAUGUGUUGAAAGAACAUAAAGAAGCUAUCGGUUGGUCCAUUGGAGACAUAAAAAGAAUCAGGCCUACAGUAGUGAUGCACAAGAUUCACCUGGAAGAAAAUGCUAAACCUUCUCGUGAGCCAUAG